AUGCUCAAGACCUCCGCUGUCGCUGCUGGCAUGUUCCUCUUCUCGGGCUCGGCCACCGCCCUCUUCAACUGCAACGACAACCAGAACGCAUUCCCUCCCACGCCUGGCAAGUUCGCCGUCCACUACACUUCGGUGCGCGACACCAACACGGGAAAACCAUGGAUCCGCAUCUGCACCCCCAGCAGCGUGGGCGACUGGGACCAGAGCGGUGUCCUGGAACUCGACUGCGCCGCCGAGUCCAACACCUUUGGCACCGAUCAGACCGGUCUCAACGCCAACUUUGUCGUCGUCAACGGCAAUGGCUGCAACAGUGACUCGACCAACCUGUCUGGCGCGUCGAUGAGCUAUGAUGGCGAGGAGUACGACCUGCAGAACGCGGGCAGCGAGUGUGGUGACCGUGACCACGGCAUCACUUGCGAGUGGGACGUUUAGAACUUUUGUCAAGACCGUGGCUUGUUCGUGUAUGGUUUGGCAGGGCUGGACCCUGUGGUUGCCAUGAGCCGAAUCACUGCCCCUUGUAUGCACAUCUGGACAAUUCUGAACAGUUCGAUGACUGGACUCUCAGGUUGCGUCAUGGGAUUCGACUGAAGAAACAGAUAGCGCUCUUGAUUCAUAAACUGAUCAAUGGUACAAAACAUUAUCCUAGACUAGAGACCUUUUCGCCCUCGCUCCUGAUCAAAUCAAUCAGACCUUGUGAAAAUCGCUAAAUCUCAAUGCAUUCAUCUCUCCGCCCCGACGUCCCUUAGCUUGCGCAUCCAC